CAUUAGUUUGUCGCUGCUAGCUUUCUUCAAUAGCUGAAGCAUAUAUAUAAGCAGGAACAAGUUUUUCCAAUUUUAAGUACCCAAUGGAUGAGUCAUGGCUAAAAUGGGUUUCUAUUUUGGACACUAAUGACUAUCAUUUAUUCAGUGAAUAUGACAUGAACUCUGUCGAGGAACAAUUGGAGGGAGAGAAUUCAGUGGAUCCUGGUGAACUCUCAUGGGAAAAUCACUCUUAUUCAUAUCUCACUAAAGAAAGCACCACCCUUUUGAGCAAUUCUUCAUCUUUGGAAGAGAUCAACACUGGCUUUGAUAUGACAAGUCUCAAACAAGAUGCUUCUCCACAGAAACCGAAGUCUUGCAUUCUGUCUUUUGAGGAUUCCACUUUAGUGCCAAUUAAUCCCAAGAAAACAUGCCAAAUAUAUGAUCAUGGUGAACAUUCAAAGGAGACACAAGAAAAGCCACACAAUAGAAAACCCCUCAAGAGGGGUAGAAGCUUUUCUCAGACACUUGAUCACAUAUUGGCUGAAAGAAAAAGGAGAGAGAAUAUCAGCAGAAUGUUCAUAGCUCUUUCAGCACUUAUUCCAGACUUGAAAAAGAUGGACAAGGCUUCUGUCCUUAGCAACGCUAUAGAGUAUGUGAAAUAUCUUCAGCAGCAUGUGAAAGAUUUGGAACAAGAGAACAAGAAGAGAAAGACGGAAUCCUUAGGAUGUUUCAAAAUAAACAAAACCUGUGAUGAUAAACCUAUAAAGAAAUGUCCCAAAGUUGAAGCAAGAGUCUCAGGAAAAGAUGUUCUCAUCAGAGUAACGUGUGAGAAGCAAAAGGACAUUGUACUUAAGCUACUGGCCAAGCUUGAAGCUCAUAAUCUCUGCAUAGUGUGUAGCAAUGUCUUACCUUUUGGGAAUUCCGCUCUCAGCAUUACCAGCAUUGCUAUGAUGGACCAUGAAUUCAGCAUGACAGUGGACACGUACGACCUAGUGAAAAUGUUGACUGAGGAAUUGUUGGAGUGCUGUAAAUUGCAACGAUAAUGAGCCACGCUAACGAAUUGGCUACCAGUAAAUUUAAAAGUGCAUUUUAAGCAGUUCAAGCAUUUUAUUUGGUGUCCCUAUUAGAUAAUUAAUAUUGGCAGUAUCUUCAUAUAUUAUGCAUUUGGUGUGCAUAAUAGUUGUCUUUUUGGCCUUCUUCACAAAUAAUCAUCAUUUUUAUGGCAAAAUAAAAUGAUUUUGUGAUUUCA